GUAAUUGGCUCCCUGGGUGCUGAUUGCCCCGCAGGGUAACGCCCUCCCGCGCGAGCGCAGAGGCGGCGGGAAGGCGUGCGCAUGCGCGGGGGGCGGCCUUCGGUGUGGGAAUAGCCCCGGGUGCCCUGAGGUUUCAUUCCAGAGAAACCGUGUCCUUGUUUCUAUAUGAAUGUUCCAAGUUUAUUUCAUUUUACAUUCUUACUGAGAGAAGUACGAACACCACUGUGGAGACAAUGGAUUUUGAGGAAGCAGCAGUUUUCUCUACCUGCAGCACCCUUACUCCAGGCAGCGGGAAAGAAGAACUCUUCCAAUCUCCUUGAACUAACUGAGGCAGAAUUAGAAGAACAGUUUGUGAGAGGGGAUGGCCCAGGAGGUCAAGCCACAAAUAAGACAAACAACUGUGUUGUCUUAAAGCAUAUUCCAUCUGGGAUUGUAGUGAAGUGUCAUCAAACACGAUCAGUGGAGCAGAACCGAAAGAGAGCCAGAGAAAUCCUGCAGGAAAAAGUUGACCUUUUCUACAAAGGUGAAGAUAGUGAUGUUUUUAAAGAGAAGAAAGCAUCAGAGAAGAAGAAGCAGGAGAAAAAAAGAAGAGCAAAGGAAAACCUAGAAAGGAAAAAGCAUUUUAAAGAGAUGCAACAAUUGGAUAAGAAAUAAACAUGUGAAAUGAAAUGCUGACUUGCCUUAGCAGGCACCCUCACCAGCUUCCACUAAGUUCUGACCUCCAGCAGCAAAGGGAUGCUGCUUCAAGAACUGAAGCCAAAGGGUGUAUUUUGAGAGCAAGGGAGACUCCUAGCAACUACCCUUCUUACAGAGCUCGACUGCAUCUGGAACUUGCCAUGGAUGGAAACGCUCCAGUAAUCUGUAGGCCCGCUCCUUUGUCUGUUCCUGAAUUUAAGCCUCUGGCAUGAAGGUUAAAUUUU